UUUUACCAAGUCGAGACAACAACCGCAACAUCUAUCCAAACGCAUCACCGUUUUUUUCUUCCGACCCCCACAUCUCCCUUCUAUCAAAAGAUCUAAUUGAAUCAUACUGAUGCGCACCUGCGACGUCGUACGGCCACUCUUCAAUCCUCCGGGGACAUGAGACCAGAAUACCGGUGAUUCAAGAUGUCUGACGCAGACUUCGAGACCAUCCGCAAGCUUCAGGCGGAGCGCAACGCGGCCGCCACUGCCAAAAAGGGCUCUCGGACUUUCGAUCCUUCCAACCAACGCAACGAUGCGGGCACCAAGCAGAAGCUGACCGAUUCGUUUGAUACCGACCUGUACGACCGAAACGAGGCGGACAAGUUUGCCGGCUACAACACGUCCAUCCCUGCGGGCAACAACGAAGAUGAGGACAUGGAAGACGGGCCCGACAACACGCGGCGUCUCGUCGGUCAGUACACGGCAUCCAGAGAGCUGAUCGACGAAUUCGCUCGUGGUGAUGGCGUCGAGGAAGAUGACGUCCUUGCCGGUCGCGGCGAGCGGAGCAACCGAAUCGCCGACCGCGAAACCGAUUACCAGAAGCGUAGGCUCGACCGGGCCCUCACCCCUACGCGCGCCGACCCCUUUGCCGCCUCCAACGGCAAGCCUGGUGCUGCUGCUGCUGCCGAGGAAGGCGUUACCUAUCGCGAGGUCAUGGAGGCGAGGGAGCUCGAGAGGGAGGAAGAGCGCGUUCGCCGUGCCAUUCAGGCCAAGCUCGAAGGCAGGGACGAGGAAGAGGAUGGCAAUGUCGCCAAGGCAACCCUGGCUGACGGUCAUAAGGAGAAGGAGAAUGGCGACGCCGGAUCCACCGAAGUGGCAACGGCCGGCCGCAAGCGUAAGAAGAGAUGGGAUGUCUCGUCCACGCCUGCCGAGGAAGAGACCGCAACCACCGCAACCGAGUCCGGGGAGUCGGCGAAGCCCAAGCGAUCUCGGUGGGACCAAACGCCCGCCCCGCCCGGUCUCGAGGCCCCCAAGAAGCGUUCGCGGUGGGACCAGGCUCCUUCGGCGACGCCCAUGGUCAGCCAAGGCCUCGCUACUCCGGCGCACCCUUCGCAGGCCGCCCCGGGUGGUGCUGUCGUUCCCACCGGCUUCGGGCCCGGUAUGUCGGCCCGGAACAUGCCCCUCAGCGACGAGGAGCUGGACGCCAUGCUGCCUGGCGAGGACCAGGGCUACAAGGUCCUCGAGCCACCCCCCGGCUACGCCCCGCUCCGGGCCCCUGCCCAUAAGCUCAUGGCCACCCCCGCGCCACAGACCGGCUUUAUGAUGCAGGACCCCGACGCCGUGAGGCUGAGCGGUAAGCCCGUUCGGAACGAGAUUCCCGGCAUUGGCGACCUGCAGUUCUUCAAACCCGAGGACAUGGCUUAUUUCGGUAAACUCACCGACGGCGCCGACGAGAACAAUCUCAGUGUGGACGAGUUGAAGGAGAGGAAGAUUAUGAGGCUGCUCCUGAAAGUCAAGAACGGUACUCCGCCCAUGCGCAAGACGGCGCUGCGACAGCUCACCGACAAUGCCCGACAGUUCGGUGCCGGUCCGCUCUUCGACCAGAUCCUCCCCCUGCUCAUGGAGAAGACCCUCGAAGACCAAGAGCGCCACUUGCUCGUCAAGGUCAUUGACCGUAUUCUCUACAAGCUGGACGACCUCGUCCGUCCGUACGUCCACAAGAUUCUCGUCGUCAUCGAGCCCCUGCUCAUCGACCAGGAUUAUUAUGCCCGUGUCGAGGGCCGCGAGAUCAUCUCCAACCUCAGCAAGGCCGCUGGUCUGGCCACCAUGAUCAGCACCAUGCGACCUGACAUUGACCACGUCGACGAAUACGUCCGAAACACCACCGCCCGGGCCUUUGCCGUCGUCGCCUCGGCGCUGGGUAUCCCGGCUCUGCUGCCCUUCCUGAGGGCCGUCUGCCGCAGCAAGAAGUCGUGGCAAGCACGUCACACCGGCGUGAAGAUCCUGCAGCAGAUCCCCAUCCUCAUGGGGUGCGCCGUUUUGCCUCAUCUGAAGGGCCUCGUUGAUUGUAUUGCGCCCAACCUCAACGACGAGCAGACCAAGGUUCGAACGGUCACCAGCUUGGCCAUCGCCGCCUUGGCCGAGGCGUCCAACCCGUACGGUAUCGAGAGCUUCGACGACAUUCUCAACCCCCUGUGGACCGGUGCUCGAAAGCAGCGCGGCAAGGGUCUCGCUGGCUUCCUCAAGGCCGUCGGCUACAUCAUUCCGCUGAUGGACGAGGAGUAUGCCAACUAUUACACGAGCCAGAUCAUGGAGAUCCUCCUGCGGGAGUUUUCCUCGCCCGACGAGGAGAUGAAGAAGGUCGUCCUCAAGGUGGUGUCUCAGUGUGCCGCCACCGAUGGUGUCACCGCCGGCUAUCUGAAGGAGCACGUGCUGGACGAUUUCUUCAAGAACUUCUGGGUAAGGCGGAUGGCCCUGGACAAGCGCAACUAUAGACAAGUGGUCGAGACCACCGUCGACAUCGGCCAGAAGGUCGGCGUCAGCGAGAUCCUUGAGCGGAUCGUCGUCAACCUGAAGGAUGAAAGCGAAGCGUACCGGAAGAUGACCGUGGAGACGGUAGAGAAGAUCGUCGCCAGCCUGGGCGCUGCCGACAUUGGCGAACGUCUGGAGGAACGGCUCAUCGACGGCAUCUUGCAUGCCUUCCAGGAGCAGAGCGUCGAAGACAUCAUCAUGCUCAACGGGUUCGGGUCUGUCGUGAACGCGCUGGGCACUCGUUGCAAGCCGUACCUCCCCCAGAUUGUCAGCACCAUCCUCUGGCGUCUCAACAACAAGUCGGCCACGGUCCGGCAGCAGGCGGCCGACCUGAUCUCGCGGAUCGCCAUGGUCAUGAAGCAAUGCGGGGAGGACGCCCUCAUGGGUAAGCUCGGCGUCGUGCUGUACGAGUACCUAGGCGAGGAGUAUCCCGAAGUCUUGGGUUCCAUCCUCGGUGCUCUGCGGUCCAUCGUUACCGUCGUUGGCAUCUCACAGAUGCAGCCGCCCAUCAAGGAUCUGCUCCCGAGACUGACGCCCAUCCUCCGAAACCGACACGAGAAGGUGCAGGAGAACACCAUUGACCUCGUGGGCCGGAUUGCGGACCGCGGCCCGGAGAGCGUCAACGCGCGAGAAUGGAUGCGCAUCUGCUUCGAGCUGCUCGACAUGUUGAAGGCGCACAAAAAGGGCAUCCGUCGGGCGGCCAACAACACGUUCGGCUUCAUCGCCAAGGCCAUCGGCCCGCAGGAUGUGCUGGCCACCCUCCUCAACAACCUGCGGGUGCAGGAACGCCAGUCUCGCGUCAACACGGCCGUGGCCAUCGGCAUCGUCGCCGAGACGUGCGCGCCGUUCACGGUCCUCCCCGCCCUGAUGAACGAGUACCGCGUCCCCGAACUGAACGUGCAGAACGGCGUGCUCAAGUCGCUCUCCUUCCUCUUCGAGUACAUCGGCGAGAUGGCCAAGGACUACGUCUACGCCGUCACGCCGCUGCUCGAGGAUGCCCUCAUCGACCGCGACCAGGUCCACAGGCAGACGGCCGCGUCGGUCGUCAAGCACAUCGCCCUGGGCGUCGUCGGCCUCGGCUGCGAGGACGCCAUGGUCCAUCUCCUCAACCUCCUUUACCCGAACCUCUUCGAAACCAGCCCGCACGUCAUCGACCGCAUCAUCGAGGCCAUCGAGGCCAUCCGCGUGGCUGCGGGUCCCGGCAUCGUGAUGAACUACGUCUGGGCGGGUCUCUUCCACCCUGCGCGCAAGGUGCGGCAGCCGUACUGGCGGCUCUACAACGACGCGUACGUCCACUGCGCCGACGCCAUGGUGCCGUACUAUCCCAACCUGGAGGAGGAGAAGCUGGACAGGCCGGAGUUGGCCAUCAUGCUUUGAGGUGGGAUUUCAGGGAAGUGUCUCGCUCGAUGGAUGAGGCGGGAGAGGUACAGGUAAUGGAUGGUGAUAACAAGUUGGGGAUGACUACUACUAGCGGGUGGCCCUUUUUUUCUUCCUUUUUUUUCCUUUGUCCUCUGUUUCUUUUUUUGUUCCCCUGUCUUCACGGCUAGCACUGGAUGCCACUGUAUUUUUUUGUCUCCCCUGUGUCUGUAUAGGCGGCGUGCUUCAGUCUGUAGACUCGGGUGGAAAGGAAGGCAUCCCGCGUGGCGUUCAAAGGAAUAUAUUCCAGUCUUAGCAAGUCGUUUCGAGUGUCCUGAUCUCGAUUGUUCCAUAACCAACCACCGUCGUGCCGUAUGUUGAUAACAG